CCCGGAUGUUAGCUUCGGUCAAAAGUCCGCCAUUUUGCGUAACUACGAACGGCACAGAAAUCAAUGCUUGAAACUUAUGGUAUUGAUGAACCAUGAACCUCAAGGCACUGUUUUCAACAAGGACUGAUUAGUCAUUCCUCGUAAUUCCUUACCUGUAAAAAUGGGAAAACAAGAUACAAAAAGAAAGAGGAAGCCAUCGGCAUCAAUAAGACGUCUGAAAUGUGGGAUAUGUCGGAAUUGUGUCAAGGAAAACUGUGGGAAAUGUAAGGGCUGCGUGGACAUGCCAAUAUUCGGGGGACCUGGAUUGAGAAAAGUGUCUUGUCUGGAACGAAAAUGCCUUCACCCAAAGGAAGCAUUGAAUACAAACCAAAGACCGAGAUCUAGGACUUCAUCAUCAAAAAAAAGAUUGGAAGUCAGUUUUGGACCCCAGAAAGAAAACACAAAAACAGACAAAAAUGACACAGGUAGUAUGAAGUUGUUCUUUCCAGCACCACAUAAGAAAGAUGAAGAUUUAAAACCUGAUUCAAAGAAAGCCCCUGGGCAAAAGAAAGGAAAUGUUUCAUCAACAGAAAUACCUAAAUCUAAGGAAAAUCUGUCUAAACCUAAGUUCUCUCAACUGCCCAGUAAAAGCAGUACAAUGAAGAUGAGUGAAGCAGUCAAAGUACAAAAAUCUGGCUCCAAAGCAGAAAAACUAAAAUCUGUUUCUCCGGCAACUCUUCCUAAAUCAGUGUCCAAGUCUGAUGUAACGUUCACUGUAAAAAGUGGUGAUGGCACCCCAUUUUCACAAGCUAAAGAUACAGAACAUGGACAAGCAAGAUGUAAUCCAGUGGCAACAAACACCAACUAUAAACCCAGUACAGUAUUGAAGCCAGCAGCAUGCAAGACAUCAGAGCAUUUCUCCUCUAUGAUAAGAAAGGUUCGGUCAGCUCCGGAUCUUAAAACGGUCCAAAAGGAUCAAGAAAUAGAAUCAGGGGAAAAGGUGCUGACCCCAGCAAAGGCUGAAAGUCCUGAAACAAAGAAAGUUGUUCUGCCUAAAGUCACUCUGGAUUCAAUGUCAAAGUCAGAAUUGAAGGAGUUCAUCCCACGAUUGUUGAAGCUUGUGACUGGUCGGGCUACAGUUUUCCACAGUCGAAGGUCUGCAAAGCCAGAGUGGUGGCCAGAGGACGUUCCCUGGGUUAACAGUUACUCAGACUGGUUCUCUAAGUCCUACUGGGCGGAUCACCUGAAGAUGGUCGUGAUGAAUUGUUAUCGUUACCUAGGCCAGGAAAACUUUCUCUACGCUAGCGGCGACCCCAGAAUUCAGCAGGCCAGAAUGUCAACCGAUGAAUGGUGUGACGAUGAGGACAUGGUGAACACUGGGUCCUACCCUUCCACCCCUGUCAAAAUAAACAUGGUCAUACCGAAAGAUCUGUUCCUGCCCUACUCGGCCGAGAUCUACAUCUGCUACUUCUGUGAGAAGGAGUUUAUUCAGAAGGACCGUAUGCACAAUCACCAGCGACAGUGUCCAAUGAGGCCUCCUGAACUGUGUGGCUUCCGAUCAGAACAAGCCGCUUUCUCCAGAUUUGAUGAAAAUCUGAUCAACCCCAAGAAAUCACAGGAUAUUCCAGAACAGAAGUGGUCAAAUCUUCCAAAAGAGAAAUUUUUACCGGCUAUAAACUUGAUUCGCAAAACCGAUGCAGCUGCGUACAUGAAGCGGAGGCCAAGUGCAGAAAUAGACUGUGACAUUGAACUGGACGGGGUGGAGACUAAACCUCUGUCCCCUGUCCAUCUGAAUUCUCCAACAACCCUUAUGUCUCAGUUAUCAAAGGACGAAUCUGGCUCAGCUAGGAAAAGGUUGUCCUAUUCCUUUUCAGUUGACAAAGAUAACACUAACAUUGUUGAUUUAGGCUCCAGUGAAGACUCUGACGAUGAUGAGCAAAACAGUGAUAAAGAGGUGGAAACUCAGCAAUCAAAACCUCCACAGUUAAAUCUCUUAAAUAUCCCCCUAACGUCACCGCUAGGACAAAGAGUGAAGAAUCAUGUUCAUGUCACAUCAACACUUUCUAUUGUCUCAGAUUCAGACUCAUUUUGUAGGACUCCAGUGAAAAACGCCUUUCAGGAAAAACUUAGAAAAAAGGCUUUGGCGUAUCUCAUGGUUUAUAAACCUCGACAGAAGGCUAAUCUUCAUAAGCAGAAUCAUACAUACAAGUUCACAAAACUACAGAGGAAGGAGUUUUUUACAAAAGUGAACUACGGAAUUAGUCUUAAGAGUUACCAGCUGUUAAAGAAAAUGAAAAAUGUUCGAGUCAAGUUGCCAAAGCUGUCAAGAAAAGCUUUCCUGAGAUGGAUGUCAAGAAGAAAGCUAGAUAGGGCGUUGAAAGGGAAAUUCAAAGGUCUUAAAGUUGGUGGAUGUUCUCUGGAUGAGGAAUUCAGCACUUCUGAUUGUGAAUUCCCUUCAGGACCCUGUCUACUUGCCCCAAACAUAGAUAAACUAUUGGGCCUGAAAAAGAAGUCAAGCCAGAAAUCUGCUAGUGCUCUUUCCCUGACUAACUGUGUGUCGGAGGAGCUUGAGGCAGAAGUGUCGAAACAGAAGCUGACCUUGUACAGGAGCCUUCUGUAUGAGAUGUCUGUUGUUAAAGCGACAGUUGUUAUGGAAGAUAUUUCUGGUCCUGCAGAGGGCCAGGUACAAGUUAAGCAAGAAAAUAGUGCUGAUUUUAAGAAAAUAAUUGCAAGUGAAGAAACAAAAAGUGGAAACAAGGUAGGCUCAGAAAGUUACAAGACACUUAGAGCUGUUCUAACAAAUCCCUCCAGUAUUCAUAGUGACAAGAAGUUUAGCUGGUCCUCUGUUCAAAGGUCUCCGCAGGACGAUUCUGCAUCAGUAGUAUCCAUUUCUUCUGGAGAUGAAUCUCUCAACUCAGGGUGCUGCUCAGGGUGUAAAGAAAAAUCCCAUCUCCACACAAGUGGCAGAAAACUGCUAGAAUCACCGGUUGUACUUUCAGGAACAAGGAAGGAGUUUUUAGAGCCAUUAAGUGUGAAAAUUGACCCCAUAACUACCGGUCUGAGUAACGAAACAGCUUUCCCAUCUCCCGUUUCUAUAACAAGCGAGAGUCCGUAUUUCUCCACACCAGGUAGCAUGACAAUACCUGGCUCUUUGGAUGAAUUUAAGACUCCGCUGCAGGCAGAUGAAAAACUGCAAUUGCUUUUAUUUAAGUCAGAUUUAAAAGAAGAUAAAAGCAAGUCUCAUGUUUCACCAAGUGCAGUAAAAUCCUGGAGUUUACGGUCCAGUUCAGGUAAUAAGGAGCAGACUGGGCGUAAAACCUUGGUUGUUAAUAAAGACAGUGUAGGACUGAUCCCAACAAGGACAUCUCCACGCAAAUCUGCUUCAAGUCCAAGCAGAAUGGUCAGUGAUAAUUCAAAAGAAAGCACUAACAAACUUUUUGAAUCUGAGAAGAGAGAAGAAAGUAAAAGAAAAUUCACUGUCACUCUUCUUUCCUCAAAAGGAAAUCAGGAAAAGGUUGAAAAGGUGACGACAUUGGUUGAUAAUUUGAAAAAAGAUCUGCAAACAAAAAUAUCAGGUACUUCAUUACCCCACAGAAAAGUUAACAUUGACAUAAAUACUGAUAAAGAAGGGAUAAGAAAAAGCCUUGUGUCUGUCAAACGUACAGAAACACUGAAAGAUAGAAGAGCUUCAGACACAAUUAAACAAGCCAAGUCCAUCUUGUCAUUAAAACGAAAGCGUGAAUCUGACAUUGCUGAUAAGGGAAGAGAAAGUCCAAGAACAAAAAGGUUGUGUUUGAGUUCACAAAGCACUCCAACUAGCAGUCCGCUUAGAAAGUCCUUGGAGACAGGCACUGGCUUGAGACGAACCCAGUCAUUUGCAUGUAAACUUGAUGGUACCCAAGUGUCAAAGCCUGACUCACCGAUGACCAGAUGUCGAUCACUAGUCCUUGGGACUCGCUCGAAGAGUCUCCUGUCUUUGGAUGAUACACCCACUUGGCAGAAUAAGUGAUGUCUCUGUUUUGUGAACAGCUGUGGAAGUGUAGAAAUGAAUGCUUAAACUGGAUUGCUUGGAACGUAGAUGGUAUCACAGUUACGGCACACAUUUAUGCCUUAUUUACAUUGGUUUCGAAGUUAUUACUAGAAGAUUUUAAUGUGUAUUUUAGUGUUUAAAUGUGGAUAUUUGUAAAUUAUUCAAUUCAUUUUGAAUGUAGCUGUUUUGACCACCUUGCAUUUAAUUCAAUCCUAUUUUAGCAUCCUUGGAACAAGAUUUGCUAAUUUUUUACGAAGCAAGUGGGGAAUUUUUGUCAUUUUGGCAAUCCGAUGUAGCCUAAAUCAAUUGCAUUAUGGAAGCUGAAAAAGAGAAAUGGUGUCAUGUCACAUUAAUAAAUUGUUAUUGACAAUAUCCUACAUUAUUGUUAAGCAGGGGUUCUAAAGUUGAGGAUUGAGAGCAUUUUACUUUGGACUACUGAACAAUUAUAGAUUGAUUUUGCUUGGACAGUUGCAUCAAAAUCUGCAUCUAAAACAGUAGAAGUACCUUAAAAUGAAUGUAAUUGACAUUUUAAACAAUUUAAAGGGGUCUACGCCCCUUUUCCCUGCUUUGGGCAUGAAUCCCUCAUACUUAAAACGCUUAUUUCAUGAUUGACAGAUAUCAGCUGUUUGAACGCCUGAGUUUUAAUGAACAGUACACAGUAUUUUACUCUUCAGGAUAUUAUUUCUAAUCAAACUUAGAGUCUUUAUCAUUGAAGAAAUUAAGAAAUUGUCAAGCAUUUAAUGCUGCAGGAAGUAAAAUGAAGAUUUUUUUUCAACAUAAAAGUCCAAAUUAAAAAAUUGUUAAGCAUUUAAUGCUGCAGGAAGUAAAAUGAAGAUUUUUUUUCAACAUAAUUCAUAAUUCUUUGUUUUUCAUUGACUCUCUUUUCAAAACAUGACUCAAUAAUGUUGAGUAAUUUGGUAAAAGCAGUUAUAAAUAAUUAGCUUACAAGAGAAAUGCCUGCAAAUAAUCUUAGCCAUUCAAUCAAAGACUUUUGAACUAGAGCAAUUUGAUUCUCUACAAAGUCAACUGUCAAUUUUUACCACCUCAACAGUGAGUUUCAACACUUCAGAUAGUUUGGGGUUUUUUAGCAAGCAUAAUUAAAAGCUAUGAUUGAAUUGCAUUGGUUGGUGAGGCAAGGUUAAGUUCACUUACAAACAAUAAUAUCAUUCAUCAGAAAUAUAUGUCUUAGCACUGCUAUCCCCGCUAAUGAUAAGGUUUAAAUUCCCAUGUAUAUAAAUGUAGUUUCAUGGUUGGCUAUAGUGAAUGCUGUUUGUUCACUGUAUUAAAUGGAAGUUUGAUUGGAAUUUGUGGUUGUAUAUAUUAUGUUAUCAAUACCUACAAAAGCAAUGCGUUUCAGCUACUUUCAUCAUUUUUGUGUUCAAAGAUGUGUUCUGUUAUAAUCUCAUUCCUGUGAUAUUUAGAUUAACCAUUUAUGCUUACACUUCAUGUAGAAUAUGUAUGUAUGAUGAAAAUAGUGUUUUAAAUGUAGAUAUGUGCAAUGGUUUUAGGCAUUUCAUGUGUAGAUAAACCUAUAUCAGACCGAUAUUACACUGAAUGACUGCCGGCAUUUUGUAUGUUAUGCCAAGUAAGUCUGCAGAAAUUGUAUGCUUGUAAUACUAUAUGUAAAUAAUAUAAGUAUUUUAGAUAUUAAGUAAUGAAUCAUAUGUAAGUUCAGCGAUUAAGCAGUCAUGCUGAAAGGAGAGCCUAGAUGAAUUAUGCCAGAAUUCUACUUUCAUACAAUGUUUAAUGUACAUGAAAUACAAGGUACACUAAAGUUGCCUAUUAAGCCACGACCAUUUUGUGUUUGGUUAAGGUAAUGUUUUGAACUGCUGUGCAUGUUGGUGUAUAAACAACAACAAUUUAGGCCAGUGCCAUUUUAUAACAUAACAAUCUGGGGCCUGUUUCAAUUAGCAUCUCGGUCGUAAAUUGAAAUAACUUGCCACAAAUGUUCACCAUACAGUGACAAUGUGCAGAGACCAUGUAACAGCUUGAGUCAAGGUCACACUUAGAGGUUAAAAGUCAUUUGACUAUAAUAUGGCUAUAUUUCAUGUCCUAUGAUCACCAUACUAUGACAAUGUGCAGAGCGCAUGUAACAACCAGCUCUGUUCAAAGUCACAUAAAAAAGUCAUAUGGUUACAUUUCUUGUCCGCUCAGUAUCUCUUGAACCUCUUGAAGGAUUUGAAAUACCUUGCAACAAUAUAAAUUGAGACCAUGUGCAGAGUGGGAAACUUUUGAUCACAAAAACAAUCACAAAAACAAUGCCUUUUUUUGCUAUGUAUGUAAACACUCAACUCAACAUUGUAGUUCAAAACUUAAUUUACAAGACAAUUUUUUUUUAAUUGUUAGAUAGAAUUGACAUUCCUACAGAUUUUAAGUUUGUUAUUUUUUAAUAAAGAUCCUUUAAAACAGGGCCCAGUGGACUUAUUAAAAAAUAUGCAAAGUAGCGCGUUAACCAAUCAAAAAGUGGACGAAACGGCUGUACAUUUAUUUUAUUUUUAAAUAAUGUUUUAUUUCCAAUCUCAUGUGUUUUUAAAUAUUACAAAUUUGCACUUUUAUUCAUGAAUUAUUUGACUAUAUUGAUUAAAAAUUUCAAUUGCUGCGAAUGUUUUGAGUAUGCACAGGGCAUGUGAUGAACAGCAGAGAGAGAGAAAACCCAUUACACACCCUGUCACCAGUUGGUGCAUGUAUUCCUGUUGUGAUUGUUACUUGUACAAGUAAAUGUCGUAAGAUCAAGUGCAUUUAACUAAUUCAAUGAGUAAUCAUCUAUUAUGUAUGUUCAAAAUAUUGCCAAAUACCUUGUCUUAGCACAAUGAAAUUGUCCGUAUUUCUCCAGUAACAAAGCUUUUCUGUUUAUUAAAGAAAAAGUUGAGGCUAUUGUCAAAGCCAAAAUUAAACGUUGAACAUAACACAAACGCAUGUCAUGAUUGGUACACAUGCUGCUACAGACAAUACACUCCUGUAGUAGAAGGCCAAUAACUCUGCCCCUGUUAUUGAAAAUAAAACACAACCUAACACAACAGAGCAGCACGGUGCUCUGGCUUGGUUACAAAUUCAUUUUAACUUAAAUUCUAUCAGACAUGCAGUAAAUUAUUUUGUAUUUUCAAUUUCAAAAUAUAUCACUUAACAAAUGAUUUUGUUUAUUUGGAUUAUAAGUUUAAGCUGAGAAAAUUUAAAACUUAAUAUUUAAUUUUAAUUUUUUGGGUAUGUAACCAUGUUCCCAUAUUCUACUACUCUACCAUGUUCCUCAUAUUCAACCAUAUUUUGACUUGACUCCUAUUUGUAUUCUGAGCCAUGACGGAGGUUUAUGAUCAGUUUCAUGUCAUGUUUGAUUCAGCCUCCACAAAAACUUCCAAAGUCUUAAAUUAUUGUCAGUUUCUGUCAAAAAAUUGCAGUAAAAAAUGUUGUGUAUAUUUUUACUCAAACAUUUCACAAUUAUUGCAGCAUAUUUUGUAAAAAAGCUUAUAUGAAAAUAUUUUUUAGCAUUUUAAUAAUUUGCUUUGGUGAAGUUCAGAUUUAGACUGAAGACCUUUUGUAAACAUGGGCCAUGUACAUCUCGUUUAGAAGUAAUUAGCUGGUUUGUUGUUUUUUAAGAUUAAAAAAAAGGUAAUAUGAUAGCCUUGUUUCAUUUUUGGUGUGCCAAAACUUUAACCUUGGCUAUAUUUUAAAAAAAACAUUCAAGACGUUCAAAUGAAACUGUGUACACAUGUUACCCGAGACUAUAGACACACACUAAGUAAGGCCUAUAACUAUAUAGCUUUAAAAAUCCAUGUUUCCUUUUCCUUUGAAAAAAUAAGAUAAACUAUUAUACUUUCAUAGCAGCAAAUCAAUGUUUUGAUUACAUUUAUGACUGAUUAUUAUGUGUGUAUUACAAGUAUUAUAUGUUAACUUUGUCAUGACGUAAUCAUACCGGUUAAUUAUUUUUUGAGCUGAUCAUGGAAGUUUCUUAAUACAUUUUGAACAUCA